UCACAUUCUCGUCUUGCAUCUAUGUAACGGCUGAUACAAAAUGUUCGAUUGCACUCGCAAAUCACAGUAUAUUGGUGGCCAAAAGGAGAAAUUUGUACGGUUGGAUGACUUGGGUUCUACGUAUUCCAUGAGUUCUGAUACCGGUAAAAUGAAUAAAUGUGGAUUUAGUAUAGAGUCAUUCCCUUUUACUGGCGGAAAACCAAAGAGAGCACCAUCACAAUCAUUCAGGUAUGGAAUUCAACAGGGAACAGAUGGACUAAAGACAUUUGGUAGAUCAUUAAGAACUGGCGUCACCCGUGCAGUGUUCCCAGAAGAUCUUAAAGUGUCUGAUAAAAAGAUAUUUGACCCCCAAGACAAAUCCCUCCUGUUAUGGAACAGGCUUUUCGUCAUAACUUGCAUCUUUGCAAUAUCCAUUGACCCUUUGUUCUUCUAUCUUCCAAUCUUCGACAAUGAUGAGGAUUGCCUCUCUAUCGAUCGAAGAUUAGGAACGACAACUAUAACUAUACGGUCAUUAGUAGAUGCUUUCUACCUUAUUCGCAUGGCUUUACAGUUUCGUACAGCUUAUAUUGCUCCAUCAUCUCGGGUUUUCGGAAGAGGUGAACUUGUGAUAGAUCCUCCGCAGAUAGCAAAGCGUUAUCUACACCGUUAUUUCUUAGUUGACUUGGCUUCUGUGCUCCCCUUACCCCAGAUUGUGGUUUGGAGAUUCUUGCAUGGAAGAGAGUCAGAGGUUUUGGCUACGAAACAGGCAUUGCUGUUUAUUGUCUGGCUCCAGUUACUACCGAGAUUUGUCCGCUUAUUAGCUUUGAACUCAGACCUGAAAAGGAGUGCAGGUGCUUUUGCCGAAAGUGCUUGGGCCGGGGCUGCCUACUAUUUGCUUUGGUUUAUGCUUGCCGCUCAAGUCACCGGGGCUGCGUGGUACUUAUUAGCUGUGGAGCGCUAUGAUGGAUGCUGGCGGGGAGCUUGUAGAAAUAGUGGAAAAUGUAGGAUAGAAUACCUGUACUGUGGCAUCGAUGCGAAUGCCCCUGGAUUCAAAGAAUGGCAAAAAAUCAGAGUGGAUCUUCUAAAGAAAAGCUGCACCGCUGAAGGGGAAAAUCCGCCAUUUAAUUUUGGAAUCUUCGCAGAGGCUAUAUCUUCAGAUGUCAUUGCAUCAGCCGAAUUUAUGUCCAAAUUAUUGUUCUGCUUGUGGUGGGGACUGAAAAAUUUAAGUACACUCGGCCAGGGGCUCGAAACUAGCACCUACCCUCUAGAGGUUCUAUUCUCCAUCGGGAUAGGCAUUUUCGGCCUCAUCCUCUUUGCCCUUCUGAUUGGAAAUAUCCAGACGUACCUUCAGUCCCUAACAAUACGCCUUGAGGAGAUGAGGAUUAAAAAGCGCGACUCUGAGCAGUGGAUGCACCACCGCUGGCUUCCGCAAGAACUUAGGGAAAGGGUGCGGCGCUAUGAUCAAUACAAGUGGUUGGAGACUCGGGGUGUGGACGAGGAGAACAUUGUCCAGAGUCUUCCAAAAGAUCUAAGAAGGGACAUUAAACGUCAUCUCUGCUUGAAUUUGGUUAGAAGGGUGCCUCUUUUCGCCAAUAUGGAUGAGCGGUUACUUGACGCCAUUUGUGAGCGUCUGAAACCAAGUUUAUGCACGGAUAAUACCUACAUUGUCCGGGAAGGGGAUCCGGUUAUUGAGAUGCUGUUCAUCAUACGUGGUCGCCUAGAAAGUGUAACUACAGAUGGCGGUAGAAGUGGAUUUUUCAACAGCGGUGUACUGAAAGAAGGGGACUUUUGCGGAGAAGAGCUCCUAACAUGGGCACUGGAUCCUAAAGCUGGUUCUAACUUGCCAUCAUCAACUCGAACUGUGAAGGCUUUAACUGAGGUUGAGGCUUUUGCUUUAGAAGCAGAGGAGUUGAAAUUUGUUGCCAGUCAGUUUCGGCACCUGCACAGCAGACAGGUUCAGUACACCUUCCGUUUCUACUCCCAGCAGUGGAGGACUUGGGCAGCGUGCUUUAUCCAAGCCGCAUGGCGCCACUACAGGAGAAAAUUGGCGGAAAAACAGCGUAGAGAAGAGGAAGAAGGCUUUGACUACAGUGAAGGAGAUGAUGAUGGUGGUGGUGGUGGUGAUUUUAAAGGCGGUUCUGGUACAAGCAUGCUUCGUUCUGCCAUCUAUGCAUCCAGGUUUGCAGCAAAUGCUCUUCGUGGUCAUAGGAUCCGCAGUGGAAGGGAGCAGUUAUUGAAGCUGCAGAAGCCUACUGAACCCGAUUUCUCUGCUUAUGAUGACAAGUAAUCCCAGUCAAUUGAUG